AUGUACGCCCACUCAGUAACUCGAGUCACUCGUCCUGGUCAUGCUCCUGUUUCAUGGAAGAAUUAUCGCAUGGAUGAUGGCUCCUAUUCGUCCGAAUACGAUGGCAACUUCAGGACUACCUACCCGUUGCGGCCUAGGAUUGGAAGAACCCCCCCUUUUUAUCCUGAUGGUCCAUAUCUAGGAAUGUCGCCCAAUCCAAGAAGACCUGCACAACCGUUCCUACACCCUCCGGGCGUGAUGCCUCGAAAGAAGGGCCCUCCUUCGCCUCUUGAGAAUCCCAAUCUGGAGUACAAGUUCACUUCGAAGUGGAAUAUUGACUACGCUACCGUGUUUCUUAUCAAUCGACUAGGGAAAGACAAAGAUCUAGCAAAUGGCAUAAGCAAGGUACGCGAGAAAUCUCGUCGAUACGAUAGGCGAGAAAUCCCAUACCGAUCCUUCGACAGCCUUAACGACACCCUGUUCGCAGGUCGACUGAAAGAUGCCAUCUACCUCAAAUGGGUAGAUCUUGGCCCUCACGUCUCUGGCACGACGUGCAAUGCUGGCGAAGGACCUGACCAUCGUGUCUCUCGGAUCACCCUCCUUUUGAAUUCCACGUUGCACCAAGACGCCCAUCCCGAUGAGAUACUGGCCUCAUUGAUCCAUCACAUGAUCCACUGCUACUUCAUCGUCACUUGCGGCCCUCAGCUCUCCGACGAAACAAAGUACGGCCGUCUCUCCCACGGCAUGCACUUUGGCAAGAUCAUGUCGACCAUCAAAGACCUCUCCGGCUCCACUGGUCGCCGCCCCCUCCCUCUCGACUUCGGCCACAAUCUCGCACAAGACAGAGAUUACCAAUAUGACAAACCAACCACCGUUCUGUCUCCCCGCAACCUCUCACUACUCCAUUCUCAAAUGGAGCCACGAAAUCAACGCUCUCCCACCCGCAGCUUCUGCCCUCCCCAUCCUAAGGCCCACCUGCCCACCCAAGCGGAAGUGGAUGAGUGGUACACGAAAACCUGCCAGCCCCUUCCUACUCUUCCCAAAUGCGUCCGUGGACAAAACCUCUACACGCUCGUCCUGCCCGGCUCUGAAUUCCGCGAGUUUCCACGCGCAAAGGCCCCGCCGAGUCAAGAGUAUGUGGAGCUCAUCUACGCGGAGAAAUGCGUGUAUAUCCCCGCUACCUCCAUCUCCACGUAUCCUAGUCUGGCCGGGAAGUUUGAGAAAGCAAGAUGGCUCGAGAUACCAGAUGACACCUCCUUAGAGAGCUUCAAAACCCUUUACGAAUUCCUACUCCGCGGCAGAUUCAGCCCCGACCAACCACCAGAUCACGACUCCGCAUACCACCACAGCCAUAGUCCCCCCCUCAUCCGCUCCCCCAUCGCGACCGCCGAGCCCUACCUCACCACCUCCAUCAAAGCCCUCAAACUCGCCGCAGCCCUCAAGUUCACGGAGCUCGAAUCCCACGCCCUGCACCGCCUCAACGCCCUCUCCCACACCCACGAAGACCCCCUCGCCAUCCUCUCAGAGAUCUACACCGACUCCCCAGACCCCCACCCGGACCUCCGCGCCUGGGCCCGCGCCUUCCUGCUCCGCCGCGAGCCCGAGCACCCCGUCAUGGCCUACCUCGACCUCGCCACCGACGCCGGCCCCCCCGCGAACCUCGAGGUGCUGGAGCGCGAUAGAGGUAUGCAAGAGAAGUUCGAGCAUCUCCUCGAGCACGGCGGCGCGUUCCACGCUGACGUGAGUACCGCGCGAACGGCGCUAGAGCGUGUGAGGGAGCGCGAUGGCUUUCCUUGGCAAGCUGGGCGCAUGCAUCCGCAUCCGUUUGAUAUCCCCAUCCCGCCGCCCCCGCCGCCGCGCCCCAUGGAUGAUUGGGACCUCCCGCCGCCCCCGCCACCUCCACCGCCAAUGCAUCCCCUGCAUCCGAUGCACGCUUCCUACCCUUCUUCGCUGCCUCAUCCCCUGCACGGUGGCUACCCGCCGCCGCCGCUGCCGUUGUUUGACCCGUUCCCGCAUCAUGAGUUUGGUAGCUCGCAGCGGGAGAGGGAGGCGAGGUUGGUGGCGCUGGGAUGGGGUCCUGUGGAGAGGGAGGCGGAUGGGUGGUGGAGGCGUAGGAAUAGGAUGACAGGGCAGGUUGCUGUGAGUCGGGGGGAAGGCGGGGAAUGGUUUUUGAGGGGAUCUUGA